UUGUCUUGACGUGGGUCACUUGGCUCCAUGGAUACCAGCCUGAUAAACUGUUUUCUCCUGUUAAAAAGCUACAAAGAAGGAUAAAAGAAUGUCAACGUGCCGGCAGAAGGAGAGCUGACGUGUUUUUCUUCAUGUUUUGAGGAGUUUUACACCAUGGAUCUAGUAAUGUUUUGUUUAUUAUGGGUUCUCCUCUGUGUUCCUUAUAUGGGAUGUUUCGACUUGCACCUCUCGGAUACUUUACUUUCUGGAACUGCUUUGGCUAAUUUGUCACUGGGGCCAGGUUGGACGUAUAAAAUAGACAGGACUUUUACUUCCAAGUACAUUGGGAAGUUUCUUCAAGUGGACUGGAGAGAUGGAGUGGUGCGUUUAAAUGGAGAGGUGGGUUGUGCGCGCGCCCCUCACAGCGCGCUGCCUCUUUAUUUUAAAAUCCAGUCAUUAACAACUGAAGGACAAGUUAUCGCACAUUUCAAUGUAUUUCUACAUGGACGAAAUUGCGUGUUCAAAUAUAAAAGGAAGAGAGUGACUAAGCCUGAUAUUAACGUGGAUUGCAUUAUUAACUUGGGACAAACUUCCUGCUUUUCUCCGGGUGAUUUACUCUUACAUUUUAAUGACUACUUACCUGUCUUCACAAGAAGUGUUUUUGCUACUUCUUGCACCUCAGACCAUCUGAAUGUGUCUGUGCGUAACGGGACUUUACUUGUGAAGGACGCGUUUUGUUUGGAGACGGACUUGAGACGCCUUAAAGAGACUAUUCGCUGUUCGUUUCACGAUUCAAACGGUGAGAUCUUUUCUAUGUGCCUUAAAUUACGAUUCGCCUCAGUCCAAACAUCAUUAUUACAUUCUAUGCAACACGUAUCAAAUCAACGGAAACCGAGAAUAAGGCGAGCCGUGAAUUCAGCGCCUCAGUUUCAGUUACCGAACUACCAGGUUUCAGUGCCCGAGAACGAGCCGGCGGGUACGAGAGUCAUCACCCUCAAAGCGACUGACAGUGACCAUGGAGAGGCGGGGAAGAUCGAGUAUGGCAUGGAAGCAUUAUUCGACAGCCGUUCCAACGACUUCUUUAGGAUAGAUCCUCAAACAGGCAGCAUUGAGACUGUCCAGCCAUUAGACAGAGAAGUUAAAGACACUCACGUGUUUAAAAUCACAGCAACUGAUAAUGGCAUACCGCGACGCACAACCACGUCAUACCUGACUGUUACAGUUAGUGACACUAACGACCACGGGCCCGUCUUUGAACAGAAUGAAUACAGGGUUAGGAUACGAGAGAAUGUGGAAGUUGGUUUUGAGGUAAUUACAGUCAGGGCGACAGAUGGAGAUGCACCAUCCAAUGCGAACAUGAUAUAUAAGAUCGUGAAUGGCGAGGGUGUCAAUUCUGGGUUUGAAAUUGAUUCUCGAAAUGGACUGGUCAAGAUUCGCUUGCGUCCAGAUAGAGAAACCAUGUCUCAGUAUCAGCUGAUAGUAGAGGCCAAUGACCAGGGAAAGGACCCUGGGCCUCGCAGUGCUACCGCGACAUUGCACAUCACAGUUGAAGAUGAAAACGAUAACUAUCCUCAGUUUAGUGAGAAAAGAUAUGUAGUGCAGGUGCCAGAAAAUGUGGUGGUUAACACUAAAGUGGCCCAGGUAGAAGCCACUGACCGAGACGAGGGCAAUAAUGCCAAGGUUCAUUACAGUAUAAUCAGUGGCAAUGUAAAAGGUCAGUUCUUCAUUCACACCCCAACUGGAGCCAUUGAUGUCAUAAACCCUCUGGACUACGAAAUUAUCAGAGAAUAUAAUUUACGCAUAAAGGCCCAGGAUGGAGGCAGGCCUCCUCUCAUUAAUGGAACAGGCAUUGUUGUCAUCCAAGUUGUGGAUGUGAAUGACAACGCUCCUAUGUUUGUAAGCACUCCUUUCCAAGCCACCGUUUUAGAGAAUGUGCCCAUUGGAUAUUCUGUUAUUCACAUUCAGGCCAUUGAUUCUGAUUCUGGAGAAAAUGCUCGUUUGGAUUACAGCCUCACAGACACCACUCCAGGCUUUCCCUUCACCAUCAAUAACAGCACUGGAUGGAUCACAGUCAGUGCUGAGCUGGACAGAGAAACCACUGAGUAUUACACCUUUGGAGCAGAAGCCAGAGACAAUGGUGUUCCGGUAAUGUCGUCCUCAGCUAGCGUUAGCAUCACCGUUCUAGAUGUGAAUGACAACAUCCCUGCAUUCACCGAAAAGGUAUACUCUCUAAAAAUCAAUGAAGAUGCUGUUGUAGGGACCAGUGUGUUAACUGUUACAGCUCUGGACCGUGAUGUAAACAGUGUGGUCACCUAUCAGAUCUCCAGUGGUAAUACACGGAACCGGUUUGCCAUCACUAGUCAAAGCGGAGGUGGACUCAUCACGCUGGCUUUGCCGUUGGAUUACAAACAGGAACGCCAGUAUGUUCUGACUGUCACUGCCUCUGAUGGUACACGCUUCGACACGACACAGGUGUUCAUCAAUGUAACUGAUGCUAACACUCACAGACCCGUGUUCCAGAGCGCAAGCUACCAUCAGACUUUCAGCGAGGACCGACCCAUUGGAUCAACUGUUGUGGUAAUCAGCGCCACAGAUGAAGACACGGGUGAGAACGCACGCAUUACAUAUAUCAUGGAGGACAACGUCCCACAGUUCAAGAUUGAUCCGGACACAGGUGCCAUCACCACGCAGAUGGAGAUAGACUAUGAAGAUCAAGCCUCCUACACGUUGGCCAUCAUCGCGCGUGACAAUGGAAUCCCUCAGAAGUCUGAUACCACCUAUGUGGAAAUCAUUGUUCUUGAUGCAAAUGAUAAUGUGCCACAGUUUGGGAGGGAUAAAUAUCAGGGUACCGUGUUUGAAAACUCACCUGUGUUCACCAGUGUGCUCCAGAUAUCUGCUUCAGACAGGGACUCGGGGUCUAAUGGGCGCGUGAGCUACACCUUUCAAGGUGGCGAUGACGGGGAAGGUGAUUUCAUGAUUGAGCAGUACUCUGGAAUUAUAAGAACACAAAGGAAGCUGGACAGAGAGAACGUUCCAGUGUAUAACCUGAAGGCCUAUGCUGUUGAUAGAGGUGUUCCUCCUCUCAAAGCAGCAGUGGAGAUCCAGAUUUCUGUGUUGGACAUCAAUGACAAUGCUCCUGUUUUUGAGAAGGAUGAACUGUGUAUCUACAUCAAAGAAAACAGUCCUGUCGAUUCAGUGGUUGCCCGGAUCAACGCCAUGGAUCCAGAUGAAGGAACCAAUGCUCAGAUAUUGUAUCAGAUUGUGGAAGGAAAUAUCCCAGAGGUCUUUGAUUUGGAUAUAUUCACUGGAGACUUAAAAGCACUUGUGGAUUUGGACUACGAGACCAAAUUGGAGUAUGUCAUAAUCGUACAGGCCACAUCCGCUCCUUUGGUCAGCAGAGCAACCAUCCACAUUCGUCUGAUUGAUGUCAACGACAACGAUCCCGUCCUGCAGAAUUUCCAGAUUAUCUUCAAUAACUACGUCACCAAUAAAUCCAACAGUUUUCCAACUGGGAUUAUAGGAAAGGUACCUGCCUAUGACCCAGAUGUGUCAGAUAAACUCAAGUAUAGUUUCACUGAAGGAAAUGAGCUGAGUUUGCUGAUUCUAAACACAAAUACAGGUGAGCUCAAACUCAGCAAAGAUCUGUAUAACAACAGACCACUGGAGGCCACCAUGAAAGUUUCUGUCACAGAUGGUAUCCACCAAGUGAUGGCCUUCUGCACUCUCCGUGUGACCAUCAUCACUGACGAGAUGCUAACAAACAGCAUCACUGUCCGCCUGGAGAACAUGUCCCAGGAACGCUUCCUAUCCUCAUUGCUUUCUCUAUUCGCCAAAGGUGUGGCAGCUGUUCUAUCAACUAGUCGAGAAGGAGUUUUCAUCUUCAAUAUCCAAAAUGACACAGAUGUCAGCGGCAACAUCCUCAAUGUCACCUUCUCCGCCUUGCUUCCUGGAGGAGCUCAGGAUCAUUACUUCCCUUCGGAGGAACUCCAGGAGCAAAUCUACCUGAACCGAACUCUGUUACAGAAAAUCUCCAGCCAAAGCGUCCUUCCAUUUGAUGACAACAUCUGCUUGCGGGAACCUUGCGAGAAUUACAUGAAAUGCGUCUCUGUGUUAAAGUUUGAUAGUUCUCCACCUUUCAUAGCCUCUGAUACAGUUCUAUUCAGACCAAUCCAUCCGAUUAAUGGCCUGCGGUGCCGUUGUCCGACAGGCUUUACCGGUGACUACUGCGAGACAGAGAUUGACCUGUGCUACUCAGGUCCAUGCCACAACAAUGGCCGCUGCCGCAGUCGAGAAGGAGGGUACACCUGUGAGUGUCUAGAAGACUUUACAGGUGAAAACUGUGAAAUAGAUGCCCGCUCUGGUCGCUGUGUCCCCGGGGUAUGUAAAAAUGGAGGUGAGUGUGUCAACUUGCUAGUGGGUGGCUUCACAUGCAGUUGCCCCUCUGGAGAGUAUGAGAAACCUUUCUGUGAGAUGAUGACACGCAGCUUUCCUGGACAGUCCUUCGUUACCUUUCGAGGCCUGAGACAGAGAUUCCACUUCACUGUCUCCUUCAUGUUUGCAACAAGAGAGAGAAAUGCACUCCUACUCUACAAUGGUCGAUUUAAUGAGAAACACGACUUCAUUGCUGUGGAGAUCAUUGAGGAACAGAUUCAACUCACCUUCUCAGCAGGUACAACACUCCUGCCACUGUUACAAUUGAGAAGACCAGGUCACUGAUAUGAUGAGCCAUUGAAUAUUUUUUUAUCAUAGGGCAGAUAAACUAAUAAUCUUUACGUAAAAAUAUGGGAAAUGAGCAUGAACAAAUAACUAUUCAAUAAUUACUUUGCCAUUAACCAAUAUGGUGCCGAUAUUUUAUUAAUCCCUUACCAAAAUAUACUUUAUUUCAAGUUCAAGUUUGAACUUGAACUUUAUUUAAAUAUGUGAACUCAAAUUAUUCUCAGCAUUCUAAUGCUAUAGCAUGAAUGUAAACAACAAACAAUAAUGUAUUCUGUGGCCAGUUUUUUUUUUUUUUCUUUUUUUUUUUUUCAGUUCAACUACUGUUAUGGCAAGAGCAACCAUUUGAGGAGAGUUUAGCAGAGCACGUUAGAUAAAGUUAGCUAAAUUGUCAACAUUUUUACAGCUAGCUAAGUGAAUGAUAAUAGUCAGUUAAAUUUACGUUUGAAGGUAAUUCUAUCGUCCCCUAGAGUACUGGAGUUUAUUACAACAAUACUAACACAAUUUUAGCAUGUACAAAAUGACCAUGCACUUACAGUACCGUUAGUCAAGCGGUCAAAUAUGCGCUUGUGCCUUCAUAUAGAGUUUGUUUCUGUCUGAAUGUCAGAUUCAGUCCUGGGACAGCAGACAGUAGUGUUGACAAUCAGAGGUAACAUCAUGCUACAUUAAACAGCUUGUUUUUGUAGCCUUGUGUCACUUAGAGAGAGAAUUGCUCUAGGUGAAUGUGUUUAUGACAAAGGAUUUAUAUGUUCUAAAGUUUCCAAACUUUAAUCAGACUAUUAGAGCCUGACCGAUAUGGAUUUUUUGGGGCCGAUGCCGAUAUUAACUCGAAAAGAGCCCAUUUAUAAGCCGAUAUUUUGAUUUUGAAAAUAAUCUGGAUAUUAGAUCCAUUUCCUAUAAACUGCACUUACACAACAUUCAAUAGCAAAAUAUCUGCCUGUUCUAUGUAUGUGGGCUGUAUAAACCAUUUUCCAGAAGGGAUUAUGUAAAAAAGCCUUAGAUUACAGUCUCAAUGACUAAACAAUUGCACAUCAAAAGUAUUUAUAUUUUUAAUGAUCAAAAAACAGUCUGGUUUUAAACAUUUAACACUUUUACUUUCUUCCAGUUGAAGCUGGUUUUAACAGUCUGUGUGUAUACUGUAAAUAAAUUAUAAUACUAAAGUUAAAGUAUUUGCAGAAGUAGUCCCACACUUUGCUGCUACAGAAUUCACCUUUUUCAGCCAUCUGUAGGUAGAAAGAGAGACAUAGAAAGAAUAAGCAUGUGUAUUAAUAAUAUCACCAUGUAUCAUUACUCAUGUCAUCAUUAGAAUUAUAAUAAUAAUA